AUGGACUCAAGCGCUGAUCAAGACUAUGAGUGGCUAAAGCUCAACGUUUUCUCUCGGUGGGAUCCUUCGGCCAGACAGAAUAUGAUGGCUGUUUUUGACGCCAAACCUGAGAUCAAAAGGCAAAUACGCGACCUUCUGUCAAGCUCCUCGGACGCGAUGACUUAUGCCGAGCCUCAAACUGUUCAUAUGUUGGCUGCGACAAUCAUCUUCACCCUUCAAGAAGAAGCUGUUUGGAAAAUUCGUGACUCGGUCCGUAAUAUAGAACUGACACGCACACUUGCGGCUCCAAACUAUUCACACCUUCACGACUUGGCCAGGCAUGCAAUACAUGUUCUCGAAACGUUAGAACUGGCAUCUCUGACCCUUGAGCGCAUGAUCAAGCACUGUAAUACUUUCACUACGAAGAUACCGGCAACCGAUGAGGUUACUGCGACCGCUCGGUGCCAUGUAAAUGAUCGCCUUCAAUUCUAUCAUGACUCGAUCCAAAGCUUGCGACUUCGCGCAACUGCUAACAGGGAUCGUCUACUCAAUGAGAUCCAAUACUCCUUCAACAUUGUCGCACAAAAUAUUGCGAAUGCAUCUAACAUCAUCAGUCAUGCUGUUCAAACGGACAGCUCUGCUGUCAAGACGAUCGUGCUUGUCACGGCGGGCUUCCCGAAUGCUGCGGCAUCAAGCCACGGAAUGCCGAUCAUACUUUCUUCCGAAACUCCUGUGACUUAG